GGGGGCAUAUUAGUCCACUCAUUCUUUUAUUCUCUCCAGAUACAAAGAAGAAAAGGAACUUGGUAAAUCUUUGGGCCGACUUAGGGUUUGACGCCACCAUUCCCUGGAGAAGGAGGAAAUCGGAGGAGGCAAAAUUCAUUCGUCGACUUCUUUCAUCUUUAUGAAGUAAUUUUCUCGAACUAUACCGUGCAAAUAAUUCACAUUCCAAACGAUCUCGAUCUAACUAUGACGAGUCUGCACUUCAAUACAUCAACUUGUCAGUGGAUUCAACUAAUUCUUUGAGGAGGGUUUAUCAAACUCAACCAAUGGCAUGCGCGUGGUCUCUCUGAGGCAGAACCAAGACCGAGUUGUAUAUAACUGCUAUCUUUGAACCUUUGGCUUUAAACCAGCGGAUAGGGAUUGAUCCUGUAGGUAGAAAUGGAAACAAAAUACGGAAAGGUAUUGGAUAGGAGCCAAAACAUUGUUGUUGACUUGAAGAGAAAACGGGUGGCUCGAUGCGAGACCCAUCUCUCCGGGGCUACCCACAUGAUAUUUCCAGUCCGAUCCUCGCUGAACUCAUCCAUCCGCCCUCUUGGAAAGCGGAGGAAGCUUAAUGGAUCAAACAGCACGUGUGGUGGUUGUGCGUUUCACCCAAGAGAAUCUUUGCGUAGAUAUUAUCUCAAUUUCAGGAAAAGUGGGCUUCCACAACGUUUGAUGUACUAUCAGAAGGGUCAGUGGACUGAUUUCCCUGAGAACAUUGUUACAAUGGCUAAGAAAAAUCUCCGGAUAAAGAAAUCAGUGACAGAGGUGGAGUUCAAUGGUAAAAAAUUUGUGCUUGAUUUCUUCCAUAUGUUGCGGUUGGACCUGAAGUCAGGUCUGCAACAACCUAUUGCAUGGAUUGAUGAAGCAGGCAAUUGCUUUUUCCCGGAAUUAUUUGCUAAUUGUGAUGAACUGCAUGAGUGUUGUCACAGUGAACACAAGGACUCCAUAGAGGUAGAUUCUGAGACAGAGGGAUCCAAUGAUCUGGAGAUGCAGCUGGAGAUUGAAAUUAAUGGAGCGGAUAUGUCAAGUUUGAAGGAAUCUAGUGGAGAGUCCAAUGCUAUUGUUAAGCAAGUUAACUUAUGUCACAAACCUGCAGCAAAAAAUUGCACUGCAGAAGUUGGUGAUAAUUGUGUCAGAGUCUCAGAUACGAAAUCCAAGGAUGACUCCGCGGAAAAUCAUCAAUUGGUGGAAUAUGCUGCGGGCUGCAAGUGGGAAUAUCUGGACCCAGAUGUUGUGGGUGAGAUAUUUCUCAAGGGUAUCAAUUCACCUUCUGGUGCAAAGAUAUUUGAAUUACAUCGUGUUUCAAGUACUUUCAUGGAAGUUCGAAGGGAACUCUUUCAAAAGCAGGUGGAAAUUACGAAGAAGCAGCGUGGGGGUGCCAGUCUUAGUUGUGCUUGGCUUCCUUCUUCUAAAGGAAUGAUUACGAAUAUUAUGAAAUAUGGGCUUGCUAAUUAUGAUCUAUCCAAAUCCAAGUCCAGAUAUGGCGUUGGUGUUCAUCUUUUCCCUGCUAACUGUACUGAGAUCAGUGCAAAGUAUUGUGAUUAUGACGAAAAUGGUGUACAACACAUGAUAUUGUGCCGUGUAAUAAUGGGAAACAUGGAAUUGGUUUAUCCUGGAUCUAAGCAGUUCCAUCCCAGUAGUGAGGAUUUCGAUAAUGGCGUUGAUAAUCUUGAAAAUCCGAAGUGUUAUGUGGUCUGGACUAUGAAUAUGAAUACUCAUAUCUUUCCAGAAUAUGUUGUCAGUUUCAAGUUGUCUCCUGAUGCUGAAGGAUAUCUUGUUGGAAACGAGAGCCCAAUUGAUGUCUCUGCUGUCAGUACUUGUUGUAAUCAGGUACCGGCAGAUACACUUCCUACUGACUUGGGAACUGACGGCUAUCAGAAUUCACUGGGGUUGGCCUCGAAAAAGGCUGCAAGAAUGCCAAAGUCCCCUUGGAUGCCAUUCCCCAUGUUGUUUGCAGCAAUUUCGAGGAAAGUGCCUCAAGAGGACAUGAACCUCGUUAGUAGCAAUUAUGAGUUAUUCAAGGACAAGAAGAUAAGUCGGGAUGAAUUUGUCAGAAAGUUGAGGUUGAUCGUAGGGGAUACUUUGUUAAGGUCCACAAUAACGAGUCUUCAGUGCAAGGUGCCACCUAAAUCAAUGGAAUUGGUCCCCGUAAAGCAAGAGCAGGAGAGUGUCUGCCUGGAGUGAAGGCUUCUAGUGUUUGCUUCUAUGAACAGCUGUUUUUUCUUAGCUAUAUAACAAGUGGAUAGAGUAGACGUCGCUGUUGCUUUUUCCUUGAAUGUCGGAUCGCGUAGCCCCGUUCAUCUUCGGCGCAAGAGCGCUCGAUUAGACAUAAUAUAGGUUGCUACUUUUUGUGAAAAUGUGUUACGUGCGUUUAGCUUUCACCUAUCCAGAAUCUACAGAGUUCUGGGAUUUGAUAGAUGAAGUGAGCGCAUAAAAACUUGCACAUUUCAGGUUUCUAUCUCCCUUAUAUUUUGGCAAGUGGUACGUCUGUGUCAAGUGUGUUGUAGAGUUCAUACUGAAGUUGCUUGUUUGUACUCUUAAACGGUUAUGACUAUGCUUGAAAAUUGGGCGUUACCUGGUGUUUCUGUGUUGACUAUGCAUGAAAAAAUUGGAUC